AAGGAACUACGUUCUUUUCUGGGAUUGGCUAACUUCCAGCGCAAGUUUGUUCCUAACUGUUCAGUUUUGUCCCGACCAUUGACUUCUCUCAUGGGACUCUCAGACAAGACUAAACUCAAUUGGACUGCCGAAAUGGACGAGUCUUAUGAAACCCUCAAGAGCGCCCUAUGUUCAGCCAUGGAAUUGGCUUAUCCUGACUAUAGUGCAGGUGCUAAUCGAAUGGAAUUAUCAACUGAUGCAUCUGGCACUGGUGCUGGUGCGUGCUUGACUCAACUGCAGAAUGGUGUUGUCCGUGUCAUCUCUUAUGCAUCAACAACUUUUAGUAAAACCCAACAGAAUUACAGCACCAUAGAUCGGGAACUUGCGGCCAUCCGAUGGGCUCUGCGUACUUUUCGUGGAUUUCUGUUUGGUGUACCUUUCCUAUUGUUCACAGACCAUCGUCCUUUAGUAUAUAUGCAUAAUAUGGCUCAACGUAACUCCCGUAUAGCUAGAACAAUGUCGGAGCUUGCCGAAUUUGACUUUGAAGUUCGCUAUCAAGCAGGGAAGGAUAACCAAAUUGCUGAUACGCUCUCAAGACUAGCCCCUGCUCUGCCUUCCCAUCCUGAAAUUACAAGUGACACAUUACCAGAUGGCCUCACUGUUUUGACCAGUGUAGAGGGUGGUGGAGAUGCUCUACCUAAAAGCCUCUUUGCUGUUCUGCAACACCACCGAGGCAUACAUAAUCCAAAUCUCCCUGCUCCUGGUUGCCAGACUGACCUGCGCCAACAGCUAGUCAAUGAAGUCCUAAAGAACCUUGAAUUGUAUGGGUCUCGAUCUGAUCGAUCAUCCAAAAAUCAACUCCAGCUGGCCGCGCUGCCUGGACAACUGAUGGGUGACUGGGCUCUAAGAGCUUUUUCCAAGAUCUAUUCUCUUGAUGUUUGGGUACAUCAUGGGAUCAAGUAUCCAAUAAUCCAUACUUCACUAGAAAACCCAAGUAAUGACCCAUCCAAGCGGGUCCACCUCCAAUGUGUCUCAGGAGUUCACUACAACCCCUUGGUUGAAAAUCGUUUCUACCAACCACUACUUGAGAACAAUAAUCACUCAUCCCCUGAUACUUCACUGUGUGCCUUAGAGAUGUCAAGUGAUGAGGCUGAAAACUACCCAGAUAUUCAAGUGACACUUGCUUCUGAAGCACCUCUAACGUCACCUUGUUCAUGCCCAGGAAAAUCUUAAUUUACUACCGUGUUUAUUAAGAGCCAGGGACAGUGUGCAUGUGCAUUGUUUGAUAGUGGUGCACAAAUAAACCUAGUAAGCAAAGCAUUCUUGGAUUGUCUUUGUUUGGAUCAAGAUGCCAUUGAGUCUUGUGUUCAUCCAGUCACCAUCAAGAGUCUUGGACAGGAACGACUGAAAGCCCAGGACAUUGUGGAACUGACCUUUUCUGUAGGAGGAACGGCGCUGGAGAU